UCCGGCGCUGAGCCCCGGCCGCGGCCCGGAGCCGUCCCCUCGCUCCAGCUGACUCAGGGGUGACUCAUUUGGAGCCGGGCUGCGGGCGCAGCGAGUGCGCUCCAGAUUGGCUGGGAGCGCAGCUCUGGAUGUAGGUGGCUGCGUUACACGCUCCGGCAGCGCAGCUCUGCUCCGCGCUCCCUCCUCCUCGCCCUCCGUCAGGAUCGCUGCCUGAGCCCGGGCUCUGCUUCUCGCGGCAGGGGCGUCUCGGGCGGCUCCGGUGGAUGCGGGCUGCGGACGGCCCCGGCCCCGCUCCUGAAGGGGCUCUGCGCUGAAGAUGGAUGACUUGGCUCUCCUUGACCUGUUGGAGUGUCCCGUGUGCUUUGAGAAGCUCGACGCCUCGGCAAAGGUGCUGCCGUGCCAGCACACGUUCUGCAAGCCCUGCCUGCAGAGGAUCCUGAAAUCGCAGAAGGAGCUGCGGUGCCCCGAGUGCAGGACCCUCGUCCUGGGCAGCAUUGAGCAGCUGCCCUCCAACCUGCUCCUCAUUCGCCUCCUGGAUGGAGUCCGGUGCGGACAGAACGCCGGCAGGUUUGGCUCGGUGCAGAGGUCGGGGGUCCUGUCGUCCCCCGCCUCCAUCAGGAGGGUCCCCAGGGGGCUGCAGCUGCACCAGCACCGGCUGGCCACCAAUCCCCGGAUCCACAUGGAGGGGGUGCCACGGGCCAGGGCUCUGUACUCGUACCGCGGGCACAACCCGGGCGAGCUGCGCUUCAACAAGGGCGACACCAUCGCGCUGCUGCGCCAGCUGGACGACAACUGGUACCUGGGCGAGCUGAACGGCGCCAGCGGCGUCUUCCCGGCCAGCUCCGUGCAGGUCAUCAAGCAGCUGCCCCUGCCGCGCCCCCUCUACGGCCUGGAGCUGCGGGGCCGGGACAAGGCGGGCGGCAAGGACAUCCUCGCCUUCCCCAAGCCCGGCACGGCCCAGCAGCUCCUGCAGGCCACCAAGGGCCACUGGUCGCCGCCGCCCCGGGCCGCGUCCCUGCGCCCGGCCAAGGCCCCUGCGGAGCCGGCGGCGCUGCCCAAGGCGCCCGAGGCGCGCAGGAAGAGCCUGCGGCAGUUCUCGCUCACCACGGCCCUCAACACGCUGAACCGCAUGGUGCACGCCGAGCGCCCCGCGCUGCACAUCAGCCCCCCCGUGCUCAUCAGCUCCAGCAACCCCAGCGUGCCCACCCAGAGCUGCGAGAGCGCCGAGCUGCCCUGCGGCACCCCGCUCCAGGUCUACCCCGCGCCAGGAGCACUGGGGCCCCCGGCAGCCAUCGUGACCCUUCCCCACCUGCAGCACCACGGGCCAGCCUAUCUGUGCGUGGCUCUGCACUCGUACGCGGCGCACGGACCGGACGAGCUGGAGCUGCAGAAGGGAGAAGGGGUCCGUGUGUUCGGCAAGGAGCAGGACGGGUGGCUGCGGGGCAUGUCCCUGGUCACCGGCAGGGUCGGCCUCUUCCCCAGCAACUACGUCAGCCCCCUCUUCAGGAAAUCCAGUCUCACCGACUCGAAGAUGCCUUCCCUGUACACCUCCUGGACGCUGUCCACGUCCUCGCUGUCCUCGCAGGGCAGCGUGUCCGAGGGCGGCCCGCGGCAGAGCCGAGCCCUGCGGCCGCUGCUGCUGCCCGUGCCCAUCCCGUGCCCCGGCCGGGCCCCGGCCCCGCUGCGCCGCGGCCGCGGCAGCGCCAGGAGGAACGGAUCCCUGCAGAGGCCGGGCCAGGCGGGGACCCCCGUGCAGAUCACCGGCUCCCUCCGGCGCCCCUCGGCUGCGGGGCGAGCUCAGCACUUCCAGCUGUACCCGCACGGCGUCCCCGGCACGGACGAGACAGCGAGGCCAAACCCCCCCUAUGAGGCUGCCCCGGCGCUGCUGGUCAGGGGAGGCGAGAGCCGAAGCCCCUCGGUGUGCAGCUCGGUGAUCCUGGACGCCAAAGAGCCCUCGGUGAAGAGCGAGGCCGCUCCAAAGCCGCCGGCGUCAGCCCCGCCGUCCAUCCUGGUGAAACCAGAAACGUCCCGCAACAGCGCCGAGAAGCAAGUGAAGACGGUGAGGUUCCAGAACCACAGCCCGCCGCCGCCCAAGCGGCACAGCCUGCAGCCCUCGCCGAGGCUGGCCCGCAGCAGGACAGAGCCCGGCCCCGAGGCGCUCCUGCCCGAGCCCCGCCUGGGCCCCGAGCUGCUGGUGCUGUACUCGCCGCGCCUGGGCUCCAGCCCGCUGCACCCGCGCCGGGCGCUUCACCCCAAGGCGCUGUCGCUGGACCUCUCGGGGCAGCUGACCUUCCCCAUCAAGAAGAGCUACAGCAGCAUCUCGGCAAACUGAGCGGGGAACGCCGCCUGCCUGCCUGCCUUCCUCCCCGCUCCCGCUCCUCUCCCUCGGCGCCCGGCCCCGCACCCUGCCCCAGCUCCCCGGGCACGGCCCGCUGCUCCCGCACCGCCGGCGCCUCGGGGGCUGGGGCGCCUCGGAGGGACCCCGCAACCCAGGGCUGCCCGAGCACGGGGAGAGGUGCCCGAGCCCCAGGGCUCCCGGCACCGCGGCCCGAGCACAGGGACAGGGGCCCGGCUCCGCGGCCCCCGCAGCACCGACGCUCCCCAGGUCGCAGCACCGGAGCAGCGGCAGGGCGGGAAGCGUGCAGGUAUCGGAGGGAGUUACACUUGCUUUGGUCUCCUCAGGGCUGCAGAAAGCCCACAGAGAUCAAGCGCCGGCUCGUUACCUGCCGGCCUCAGGAUAAAGAAACCAUAAAUCAGAAUCAGUCAGCUGCCGGCUGAUGGUUCAUGCUGCCUUUGAGGGGAGGGGGUCGCUCAGAUUUUUUGUUAAGGUGGUUGCUUGCUUGCUUUUCUCAUUGGUUUUAGCCCAGGAAUUUUAACACAUAAGCCUAAAAGGUGAUUUGGAAGGCAAAGAGCCAACGGAAGGGGCUUUGCCAUCACUGCAGUCACCCAGGCCCCGCAGUGAGGGCACUGAAUCUCCCUUCUCCUCAAUGCUUGUUUUCCUCUGGUCACCUGUCAGCUACCUCUUGCCCCUGAGCUCCUUCCAGCCCUUCCCACCACCCGCCCACUCAGAUGUGGCUGUUGUAAAUAUCUCAAGUGGGAUUCAUGGGUUUCAGAUGCAUGAAACACUGUCUAUGUAACAGAGGGCAGAACUCGGAGCUCACCCUGCCCCAGACCCCCUCUGCCCCAGCAGCCCCAGCUCUGGUUUGCAGCUCACCCCAGCCCAAGCGUUCUCCUGCGAAUCCCAGGAGGCCAGCAGAGCUCUGCUGGCUCCAGCUGUGCCCGUGCUCUGCCAAUCUGCACAGCAGAGUUUGGUUUCCACGCUUAGUUUCCAUUGCUGGUUUAUCCAUGGGCAGUUCCCAGCCCCGCUGCAGGCACCGGCCGCCCCCUCCUGACAGGAGGAGCUGUGCUCCCUCCAAACCUGCCCUGAACUCCCAUCCUCGGUUCCCUGCCUACAAACCCGGGGAAGGAACUCCACUGGUCAAGGGAGACUCCUCAGAGAAGGACAUUUUUCCUAAAACCACACAAAGGGAAUGGAUAAGACAAUUCACUGUGCCGCAGCCCCUGGACCUUCCCUCUUGCAGGCUUCCUGCGUGUGGAGCAGGAAAGUCGGGUCUGCCUGCGGGGAUUUUCAGUGGCACAGCGACCUCCAAGGCGCAGAGCUGCUCUCACUCUGUGCCCUCUGCCAGCAUUCCUGCAGAAACACCCGACAAGCUGAAAGCAUGCGCUGUGCCCUGGUGUGAAAGGUGGCAGCAGCUGCAAAAUGAGGGUGAGUCCAGCUCAGCCAUGGCACCUCAGACAGCUGAAUGCCUCGGGGAGACAUGCUGGCCCUGUGCUCAGGACUCCUGACAUCCUUCUAGAGCUGGGCCAGAAAGCAGCUGGCUCUGAGACACAUCCCCACAUCCCAGCACAGCCAGAAAUGAACACAAUUGCACUAACCCAUCAGCCCCUCUCUCCUUCUGAGAGCUAAGAAUGCAAGCACUGGCUCCAAACGUUUUAGUUGGAAACACCAGAGCAGCCUGGGACUGUGUAAAAUCUCUCAUUUAUCAUUCUUAGGAGGUUUAUUCACUGCCCAACAGUCAUUGCAGUUAAAUUUGUGAAAUGAGUGUUUGAAGUGUAAUCACAGCUGAAGAUUUCUCAGGUUGUUACAAACUUCAGCAUCUGUCCCAUUUAAAAAGCAACACUUCCAAACAUUCGCGAGAUCAGUGUUUAAAACCCCAAACUGUCCGUGGAGCCCAUGGGAGCUCCCCAGGCUGAUCCCUCUGCACGUGUUCCCAGUGGGAAGCGCUGAUGGACCCGAGACUGCCUGGGGAGGGCUGCAGGGGGAAUGGAGGGGGAAAAUGAUCCAUCCACACCAAAGUUACAGCCAGAACAGAGCCUACGGGCACGAGGGGUCAACAAAAAUUCCCUAAUCCUUCACAUGACCAAGCAGGGACUUCCAUUGCCUACUUUCCGCAUCCAGCCCAGGGAAUGCUUCAAUGAAAUGUUACAGCCAGGUCACCACCAGUGAGAAAUCAUAAAUUACUAUUUUUACAUUACAUAUCUUAGAAACAGUAGGAUGUAUAACAUUUGCUUAGUUGGUGAUGGAUAGGAAGAACAAAUAAUGCUUAGUUCAUUGUUCAGAGACACUUGUACAAAUUCAGGGAUGCUGAAUAUUUUUUCCAUGAAGUGAAGUUCAUUUUUUAAAAAGGUUUUUUCAAUUUAAGGUACUAUUUGGGAGAAAAGUCAAUAAACAAGAAGAUAUUAGUUUCCUGUUUUGUAUUAAUCCUCAGGCUAUUUAUUUUGUAUUUCUGUAAAAAAAAAAAGCAAUGGUUUAAAGACAUUUUAAGUUUUCGGAAGUUUAUUCAUCUAAGUUUAUAGCACUAAUGCUUAGCUCUGUAGCUUGUAGAUAAUUAAAUUAACUGGGGCCAAAUGGAUUACAGCCCCUCAUGCACUGCAAGCACUGGGGGGUGCACUGGGGAAAAUGAGGCUCAGGAAAGAUUUGGCACCCACCGUGUGAUACACCAGCCUGUGGGAGCUGCUGUGGCACCAUUAAAACUUUUUGCAUGAAA